AUGCCAGCCAGCAUGGUCGAGGAAUGGCUGCGAUCUGGUCGAAUCGAGGCGCCCCCUCACCGGUGCAAGAAGAUCGUCCGGGAAUGGGCAACUGAGGACGGCGCAUUUGUGACGUGCUGUGCUGACGAUGGAACCCAACAGACACAUCUAUUAAUCGCCAUGUCUUCACUUUCGCGUCGCGCUUGCUACAAGUGCGGUAAUGUUGGCCACUAUGCUGAAGUCUGCUCCUCCGCUGAGCGUCUUUGUUAUAACUGCAAACAGCCAGGGCAUGAAUCAAAUGGAUGCCCACUACCCAGAACUACCGAGGCAAAGCAAUGCUAUCACUGCCAGGGCUUGGGACAUGUUCAGGCCGACUGCCCAACCCUACGUCUGAGUGGAGCCGGAACUAGUGGCCGCUGCUACAACUGCGGCCAGCCAGGACAUUUGGCUCGUUCCUGCCCAGCCCCGGCUGGUCAAGGACCUGUUGCGGGUGUUGGUCGCGGAGUUGGCGGUCCUCGUGGAGGGUAUGGGGGAGGUUUUGCUCCUCGCGGUGGCUUUGCCGGUGGGCCUCGUCCCGCCACCUGCUACAAGUGUGGAGGACCAAACCACUUUGCUCGUGAUUGCCAGGCCCAAGCUAUGAAGUGCUAUGCUUGUGGGAAGCUUGGACAUAUCUCUCGUGACUGCACCGCCCCCAACGGCGGGCCUUUGAACACCGCUGGAAAGACAUGCUACCAAUGCGGCGAGGCAGGCCACAUUUCCAGAGACUGUCCACAAAAGGCAACGAAUGGUGAUAUUACUAACAACGAGGCCAUCGACCUUGUUGUGGCUGCUGUAGCCGCUCCGGUUGCUCCGGUUGCCCCCGUCGCAUAG